UACUGCAACCAACGUCCAACUUCUUGAAGAUUUAGUAAGUUACAGGACGCAAGGCUCCGCGGAGUCAUGUCAGUGCGUUCUCGCACUGGAGCAGCCUUAGAUUCGUACACUAGUUGGUGGCGCACUUGGGGCCGUGAAACGCAGCCGCAGUGUUCCCAGCGGUCCCUCGUCGGCUUGCCCGAGGCGGAUUACCCGAAGGAUUCAGAGAACGAGUCGGUGCGCAUCAUCCCUUCCUGCACUUUGAGUUCUUCACCAGCUCCAAAGGCCCUCCCUGCCAGGCGCAUCAUGCCCCUCGAGAGCUCACUGUGCGGCGAGGUGGCGGCAUCGUCAGCGGCGCCGCGUGUUCCACGUGGCAAGCGUGGAGGGCAGCAGGCACUCCACUGUGCAGUCUGCGAGAAGGAGUUCCGAUUCAAGAGUGUCCUCCAGGUGCACUUUCGAGUCCACACCGGGGAGAAGCCUUUCGAGUGCACGUUCUGCGGGAAGAAGUUUUCUCAUAGUGGAAAUCUCAAGUCGCACGUUCGGACCCACACUGGGGAGAAGCCUUUCGAGAGCACAGUUUGCCAGGAGAAGUUCACAGGAAGUGGAAUCCUCAGGCAGCAUCUUCGGACUCACACCGGAGAGAAACCUUUCGAGUGCACAGUUUGUAAAAAGAGUUUUACUGCAAGUUGGAGUCUGAGAGACCACCUUCGAACGCACACCGGGGACAAGCCUUUCGAGUGUGCAGUUUGCACGAAGAAGUUUACUGCAGGUGGGGUUCUGAGAAAGCACCUUAGAACGCACACAGGUGAGAAGCCUUUCGAGUGCGCAGUUUGCAAGAAACGUUUUACUGAAGGUGGGGAUCUGAGAAAGCACCUUAGAACGCACACAGGUGAGAAGCCUUUCGAGUGCACAGAAUGUCAGCGGAGCUUUACUAGCAGUGGAAAUCUCAGAACGCACCUUCGCACCCACACCGGGGAAAAGCCUUUCGAGUGCACAGUUUGCAAGAAGAGUUUCAAUCGAAGUGGAGCUCUCAGAACGCACCUCCUGACUCACACUGGGCACAAGCCUUUCAAGUGCACGGUUUGCAAGAAAAACUUCGCUCUAAGUGGAAAUCUCAAGAAGCACCUUCGGACCCACGUCAUCGGAUAGGAGCCUUGGAUGUGCACUGUUAGCAAGAAGUCUGGCGGGAAGAACAUCAGAGAAAGCACCUGCGGACACUGUGGGGAGAAGCAGUUCGAGUGCUUUCGGGUUCAGUUUUUUAAAACGUUUGUGUUUCUUUCGAGUCCUUAAAAUAGCAAGAAGACGUUAGUCAUUAGUUUUCAGAUUUUUUUUGGUGAUUAAGUCGUUUUCUCUUUUUUUUACCGACGAGUGCCGCUGCUUAGUAAAGAAGCCUGACGACCGCAGUUUUCCGAAUGAACCCGUAUCUUGCCUCUUCGAUGGUUCAAUUCUGCCACUUUUAGUCCUCGCCUCCGCAAUUUUAGUUCUGUCUCUUUUGUCUUGUUCGUGACCCUUCGCGUGCUUUUGAGAGGAUCAAACGAAACUUACUUGUAAUCAAGACGCCAUACUAAACUAGCAAGGGGUGGUUCCAGGCUUUUCGUAAAAAAAAAAAUAAUUGACCGAAACCAAUUAACUUUGGUGGAUUCUAAUUAUUUGAAUUGUUCGAUGAGUUCUUGUAUUGACCAUGAUCUUAUUUUUAAGUCUUAGUAUAAAGCAUAUUCCUUCGCCUGUCUUAAAACUGCCUGAUGUCCUCUCCAUCCUUUUACAGGGAAACCGAGGCAUGGAAAUUGUUCUUACGCACGAGCAUUUAAUUCUUUUAAUUAAAUCCGCUCUUAAAAAAAUUCCAUAGUUUGAAACAUUUGUGAAACAUGUCUCCGAUGCUUAUUGCUCCGAAGGAAGGUGCUUAAACUGCUCAAACUGUAGUAAACAAUUUCUUGUGCAACUUUUACCGACCAAUAAACAAUAAUUAUGAAAA